GUGCAUGCUGGAUGAAGCGGAAGUAGCGGGGCACGUUGACAUUGCGGAGCGUCCGAUCCACACAUUACACUCACAGAAAGGAUUGGUGUUCAUCAUGGGUGCAUCUGUAUCCAAUCUUGCCCCAACUAUUCAGGCAGAGUCUGCGAUGUCAGCUCCUCAUUUUAGUGGGGUGUCCCCACCUUCUGGGUGUCCCAUGCAUCAAGAGCCCCCUAAAAGCUCUCCGCCUCCUGAGUGCCCCAUGCAUCAGGCUCAGACGCCACUGGCCGGCCCAGCGCAUCAGGAGAGAGCUUAUGAGUUUGUCGAAUGUCCCAUGAAAGCUUCUGAAGGAGGCAUCGAUCCCACAAACAUGAUGCCCCCUCCAAAUCAGGUGCCCACCCCGGACCAGCCAUUCUCUCUGUCCGUGAAAAGAGAGGAGUCUAAAAUCCCACGAUCAGGCUCAGGCCAGAACUGGGUUUAUCCUUCUGAACAGAUGUUUUGGAAUGCAAUGCUGCGGAAAGGGUGGCGUUGGAAGGAUGACAGUCUUGCUCCAGAAGACAUGACCAAUAUAAUCCAGAUCCACAAUCGUAACAACGAUCAAGCCUGGCAGGAAAUCCUGAAGUGGGAAGCGCUGCAUGUCAGCGAGUGUCCAUGUGGUCCGACUCUGAAGAGAUUCGGGGGCAAAGCCAAAGAGUUCUCGCCCAGAGCCAGAAUACGUCACUGGAUGGGAUAUGAAUUGCCUUUCGACCGACACGAUUGGAUCGUUGAUCGGUGCGGAAAGGAAGUCCGGUAUGUCAUUGACUACUACGAUGGGGAUAUUAAUAAAGACACCUACCAGUUUUCCAUCCUGGACGUGCGUCCGGCCUUCGACUCUCUGCAGGCCGUCUGGGAUCGGAUGAGGGUGACCUGGUGGCGCUGGACAUCGUAGAAUCCUUCAUGAAACAGUUUUAAGAUUUCUGCAUCACUAUAAGACAUCACAGAUUAUUCGGUUCUAAUAUACUAGAAUCUGUGUGCUGCUGAGUUCUGACUGGAAACCUGAAUCUUAGCAAAUUAUUGCACAUUGAGAGACUUGAAGGUUGUGAGCGUUCUCUGUUAGAGAGCACAAUGAAUCAAGUGUUUUUUCUUCUGAUGAGGGUCUGAAUUAAUCAUCAGCAAGCGGGUUUUUUUUCUGCUUGUUGAGUGAAGGUUAUCAAACUGGAAAGCUUGCUAUCUGAUCUUAUUCAGAGGUUAAACAUAUCCGCUGGUUGUUUUUCUCUCUCAAAGGCUGAUUAUUGAGUGUUUUAGUUCAUGCUGAGAGCGAUUGGCAGCUGUUAGCGUUUGUAGCCAGUGGUUUGGUGGUUUUUGCUUUUGAAUGUAAUUGAUUUCGAUGAAGAGUAUGAAACAAUGUUUUUUUUUUUUAAUCCAUUGUUUCGUCGGUCAGCCUCCAUAUUCAUUCUGCUGUAAGAUUUAAAACAUCAUUUCUUGUACCUACUGUUUGGGUGUAUUUAUUUUGUGCAAACUGCUUCAUUGCUGUGUGUGUGUGUGUAUAUGCUGAAGUGUUGCUAAUUAUGUUUUGAGUGAGGGUGUUUCUGCAAUAUUUCCCCCCGAUUUCUCUGAUUAAAUAUCAUUUGUAACCCAGUUCACUAACUUGUUUUAAAUCUGACCUGCAACAAAUUAUAAUUCAAACUUUCAAGGCUGAUUAUUGAGUGUUUUAGUUCGUUCAGAGUAAUUGGCAGUCUUUGCUUAUGAAUAUUAUUGAUUCAAUGAAGCAUAUGAAAUGGUGUUUUUUGUUUUGUUUUUUAAAGCCCUUGUUCAGCUGGUCAUCUCUCACAUAUUCAUCCUGCAGCCAGGUUCAGCUUUAAAAUGAUGUAAUUUCUCAUAA